UUUGAAGAGCACUUGACAAUAUCUAUUAAAUAUAACAAUUCAGGUAGUCUGUCCAAAAAAAAUAACAAUUCAGGUAGAGUGAAAUGAAGUAUUGCUAUGUGAAAGAUGAAAAAUGAAUCAAACUAAAGAGUAACAAAUGAACUUUUGAAAUAACAAGAUGAUCUAAUAAUUAUAGCCUAAACUCUUGACAUAAAGUACUUGCACACAGAAAAAAUAAUGAACAAAGAUGCAGACACCUCCAAAAUUACACCAGGAAUUGAAGGAAAGUGAGAGCUAACAAUAUUACUAUGAUACAGUUGCCAUCGGGAUAAUGAAUUCUUGUAGCUUCAGCAAAGGGAACUGUGGGAUCUGAGGAUCCUGGUGGCGGGCAAAUACUUGCGCUUGAAUUUAAUCUGUACCUCAAAAAUAUAAAGGGUGACAAGGAUCAUGUGCUUUUCUGUGUUGACGGGAAAGUAGAUGAGUACCAUAACGCUAGUCUGCUGGGGCCCAUUAAAAGUGAGGAGGUUCGUGCGACAAUUUUUUCCAUGUAUCCAGAUAAGUCGCCACGUCCAGAUGGGAUGAGUCCAGGCUUUUCUCAACAUUUUUGGGAGGUCGUUGGGCCGGACGUGGUGAGCUUUUGCCGUGUUGCUUUCGAGACAUGGCAUCUUCCGGAAGGUAUUAAUCACACCCAUAUUGUUCUUAUUCCUAAAAAAGAGAGUCCGGAAGUGAUGGGGAUUGGCGUCCUAUUUCUCUGCGCAAUGUGGUGUACAAAAUUUAUUCGCAAGUCCUAAUUAAUCACCUGAAACGUCUCUUGAAUUUAUGCAUAUCUGAAAAUCAAAUUGCUUUCAUUCCUGGGUGUUCUAUUGUUGAUAAUAUUAUGAUUGCCUUUGAAUCCCAACAUUUUUAAAAAAGGAAGAGACAAGGUAAGAAGGGGUUUGUCGCCUUGAAAUUAGACAUGAGUAAAGCAUAUGAUAGGGUGGAAUGGCCUUUUUUAGAAGGCGUGAUGUGUCAAUUGGGCUUUGCGGAUAGGUGGAUUAAAAUUGUGAUGGAAUGUGUUAUGACGGUGACUUAUUCUAUUCCUUUUGAUGAUGUUGAUCUGGGACCUAUUAUACCGUUGAAGGGUUUAAGACAGGGCGAUCCUUUAUCGCCCUGUCUUUUUAUUAUGGUGGCAGAGGGUUUAAGUGCACUUAUUAAGAGGCAGGAGAUGGUUGAGAGAAUUAAGAGGGUUCGAGUGGCUAGGGGGGCUUCUCGGGUAUCCCACCUACUUUUUGCGGACGAUUGCUUACUAUUUUUUAAGGCUUCCCAUGAUCAGGCCAUUGUGGUCAAAGAGGUUAUGAGUGACUAUGAAGGGGCAUCGGGGCAGGAGGUGAAUUAUAAUAAAUCUAUAAUAUUUUUUAGUGCCUAUGUUCAGGAGGGCUAUAGAGUGGGUCUAGUGGAUAUGUUUGGGGUGGGCUAGGCAGAGGAGGAUGAUAAAUAUUUGGGCUUACCAGCGCUGAUCGGGCGGAGUAAGAAAAAAAGUAUUUUGAGUUAUAUUAAGCAUCGUGUAGUUAAAAGGGUGCAGAGUUGGAACAACCGUUUUUUAUUUAGAGCUGGCCAGAAGGUUCUGCUAAAAACAGUAAUUAAAAACAUGCCUAAUUAUUCCAUGAAUGUUUUCCUGCUACCAAUAGAGUUGUGUAGAGAGAUUGAAGUUUUAAUGAAUAGCUAUUGGUGGACUGGAGGGUCGGGUCGGGGCAUUAAAUGGAAAACAUGGGGGGCAUUGUGUCGGCCAAGAGAGAUAGGAGUUUUGGGGUUCAGACGCCUCCGCGAGUUUAAUUUGGCUAUGCUAGGCAAACAAUCUUGAAGGUUACUAAGUGAGCCCGAAUCUUUGGUUGGGAGGGUUGAUUUCUAACAUCCCGCUUAGCCGGAGGGAUGUCCCGGAUCGAAUUAUUUGGAGGUGGGAUCUGCGUGGGGAGUACUCUUUAAAAAGUGGCUAUAGGCGGCUGGUGGGAGAGAUGGGAGAUGACUUGUGGAGGGGAUGGACUGCUAUGUGGCGUUUUGAGCUACCUCUAAAGGUUAAAUGUUUCUUUUGGCAGGCGUGUAGCGGGUGUCUUCCUACGGCGGUUGCCUUGAGGCAGAGGAGGGUGGAGUGUUCAGGGGUUUGUAGCGGGUGUGGAGCGGAUAAUGAGUCGGAGUUUCACCUAUUUGUUCAUUGUGAUGUGGCAGUUAACCUUUGGUAGAAAUUGGGAUGGAACAAUGUGGGACCCAAUGUCUUGACUUUUUUGGGUUGGGUGUAGGUUUUUUUUCCAGCUCAAGGGUACGAAGGAGUGUUGCAAAAUGAUUAUAGCUUCCUGGGGUCUUUGGCGUGCUCGUAACGAUCGUGUGUGGAAUUCAAUUCACCUGAAUUCCGACCGCAUCUGGGAGCAGACUAUGGCGUUUUGGGAGGGAUGGAAGCAGGCAAGGGGUCGAGGCGGCAGGAAGCAGAGGGUUGGAUCGAACAACAAUGGAGGGAUUGGUCCUGGUGUGUGGCAGGUACCGGGGGUAAAUAUUUUAAAGCUAAAUGUGGAUGUUUCAACCGGGGGUGCAAACCGGGGCUUCAGGUGGGUUGUUCGUGAUCAUACAUGGAGCUUCGUGGCAGGAGUGGCUAAACCAUGGUACGGAAAGUUUUCUACUCGAGAAGGGGAGUUACUUAGCAUCAGGGAAGCUUUAUCUUGGAUACACUCAGAAGGCUGGGACAAUGUGGAGGUGGAAUCAGAUGCGCUUCAAGCUGUGUCAGAGAUUUUGCAUGGGAGUAGCUCCACUUCUUUUGGUUUGAUUGUUGGCGAUAUUAGAGAAUCGUUAGCUAAUUUUAAUAGCAUAAGUUUUUCUCAUGUUAGGCGAUCUGCAAAUCGCGUUGCUCAUGUAAUAGCUAUAGUAGCGGGUAUGUCUAAUUGUCGAGUUUGGUUCGGUAUUCCUCCUUCUUGUGUUGUUACUGCUUUAACUCAUGAUUUUAUUAAUAUUAGUUGAUUGGGUUGCUUUCGAA